UGAUGUAACGUAUCACAUUUCAGAUGGCGACCUCACAAAAGGGAAACGAAAAUUGUCUGACAUGUGUCAUAUGUCACGAGAUGUUUGACAAGCCCUGUACACUUGUGUGCAAUCACACCUUCUGUCGGAAAUGUGUCAUCAACUACACCAAGACCAGACCAGAAGCCAUCAGUGCCAAGUCCCUCCUCUGUCCAUUCUGCAACAAGAUGACGAAAGUGUCUGCUCCUGAGAGACCAGUGGAGAAGUGGGCGGAUGACGUCAAGUCUAUCUUUGUCAUCCAGGGACUCUUGGACUCGUUUGGUCCGGAUUCUACAGAUGGGGACCUCUCAGAAGCUAACAGAACAUUUCCUGACCUGUACAAUAUGCACAGAGGUGUUUGAUAAUCCCUGUACGCUUGUGUGUAAUCACACCUUCUGUCGAAAAUGUGUCGUCAACUACACCAAGACCAGACCAGAAGCCAUCAGUGCCAAGUCCCUCCUCUGUCCAUUCUGCAACAAGAUGACGAAAGUGUCUGCCCCUGAGAGACCAGUGGAGGAGUGGGCGGAUGACGUCGAGCCAAUCUUUAUCAUCCAGGGACUCUUGGACUCGUUUGGUCCUGGAUCUAAAGAUACAGCCUCCUGCAGCUACUGUAGGGAGGAAGAGGAGACAACUCCAGCUGUUGUUUGGUGCUCGGUCUGUGAUGAGGCACUCUGUGACAAAUGUACUGGAGCUCACAACCGGAUCCCCUCAUUACGGAAACACAAAGUCAUUGACCUCUCCGGCGAGGUCAAGGUCAGAAGAAGAAACAAUGUGACAUGUAAAGAGCACAAGGACGAAACUAUCAAAUAUUUGUGUAAAGAUUGUAAUAAAGCUGUUUGUCAGACAUGCUGCACUAUCUACCACAGGAAAUGUGACUCGGUCGUCACACUCGAGUCGGAAAUGAUGGCUGUGAAGACAGAGCUGGUGAAGAUGAAAGAUACUUUGUCAAGGAGAAGACACAAACGAAACACACAGGUGCAGAAAAAGAAAUCAGUGAUGGCAGAAGAAAUACGUCAACAUUCACAGACGGAAUCCGAUAUCAAGUCUGCAAGUCUGAAGGCAAUACAAGGGAUAAAACUCAAGGAACAGAAACUUUUGGAUGAACUGAAAGAGAUGUCAGACAAACACAUCGGACAACUGGAGGCAGACAUUAAGUCAGGGGAGAUGUCAGUACAGAUGUACCAACAACAGGCGGAGCUGAUAGACCAGGCUCUACAAUCUGAGUGUGACAUGGAUGUGUAUGAGAUGUAUCAGGGAUGUGAGGCGGAUGAUGUGGAGGCUGUCAGAGACGCAGAUGUGAAGGAGAGAAGAAGAAUAACCGGGGUCACAUUCAGACAGGACACGGACAAGCUGAGUAAAUCUCUGGACGGUCUACAGCUGGGUGAGAUAGACAUCCUGUAUGAGGAUGAGCUGGACCUGAAGGCUACUCCUGUGUUACACGACACCAUUAACGUCAGAGUAGCAGGCGACAGUACCCAAUCAUCCCCGCGUGACGUGACAGUGAUGGUGGUGAAUGACACGGAUACAGUUGUAGUCACCGACCACAACAACCAGAGUGUGAAGUCCUUCUACAUCAGGAAUAACCAGACACGUCACAGUAAACUCAGUCUGCGUGGUCGACCAUGGAAUCUGACAAAGUUGACACACAACCAGGUGGCCGUCAUUGUCAGUAAAAUCAAUCAGAUCGUAACAGUAGAAGUCAACCCUGACCUGGUGCUGCUGUCAACCAUCACAGCCAGCAAACGGUACAUGGGGAUAACGUCCCUGACACCAUCAACACUAGCAGCUAGUUCCCAGUCUCCUCCCUGUGUUGAUAUCCUGGAUAUGGCGGGAAACGUGCUGAGGUCAAUCAGUCCAUGCCACAACCGUAACAACAUCUUACAAUAUCCCAACUUCCUCUGUACCACGAGGACAGGAAACAUCCUGGUGUCUGACGGUGGAACCAAGUGUGUCGCGUGUCUGACCCCCGAGGGAGAUGUGGUGUUCACCUACAGCCCUACAGGAUACACAGCACUGAAGUCUCCCCAGGGUAUCACAAGUACCAGCACAGGUGACAUCCUGGUGACAGACUACCUUCUACACAGAGUCAUCCAUCUGACGGAGUCAGGACAGUUUGUCAGAAGCAUACCGCCCCCAAAGGACGGUAUCAAAAACCCCAGGGUGUCCCACCCAACUAGCGGGGAUCACACAGGUUGUCAUUAUGUCCACGUGAAACACGAGAUAUUCAGACAGUUCUCGGACUACGGUUACCAGAAUCUCAUCACAAGCAAGAUGGCGACCUCUCAGAAGCUAACGGAACAUUUCCUGACCUGUACAAUAUGCACAGAGGUGUUUGAUAAUCCCUGUACGCUUGUGUGUAAUCACACCUUCUGUCGAAAAUGUGUCGUCAACUACACCAAGACCAGACCAGAAGCCAUCAGUGCCAAGUCCCUCCUCUGUCCAUUCUGCAACAAGAUGACGAAAGUGUCUGCACCAGAGAGACCAGUGGAGGAGUGGGCGGAUGACGUCAAGCCGAUCUUUAUCAUCCAGGGACUCUUAGACUCGUUUGGUCCUGGAUCUAAAGAUACAGCCUCCUGCUGCUACUGUAGAGAGGAAGGGGAGACAACUCCAGCUGUUGUUUGGUGCUCGGUCUGUGAUGAGGCACUCUGUGACAAAUGUACUGGAGCUCACAACCGCAUCCCGUCAUUACGGAAACACAAAGUCAUUGACCUCUCCGGCGAGGUCACGGUCGGAAGAAGACACAAGGUAACAUGUAAAGAGCACAAGGACGAAACUAUCAAAUAUUUGUGUAAAGAUUGUAAGAAAGCUGUUUGUCAGACAUGCUGCACUAUCUACCACAGGAAAUGUGACUCGGUCGUCACACUCGAGUCGGAAAUGAUGGCUGUGAAGACAGAGCUGGUGAAGAUGAAAGAGACUUUGUCAAGGAGAAGACACAAUCGAAACACAGAGGUGCAGAAAAAGAAAUCAGUGAUGGCAGAAGAAAUACGUCAACAUUCACAGACGGAAUCCGACAUCAAGUCUGCAAGUCUGAAGGCAAUACAAGGGAUAAAACUCAAGGAACAGAAACUUCUGGACGAACUGAAAGAGAUGUCAGACAAACAGAUGAGACAACUGAAGGCAGACAUUAAGUCAGGGGAGAUGUCAGUACAGAUGUACCAACAACAGGCUGAGCUGAUAGACCAGGCUCUACAAUCUGAGUGUGACAUGGAUGUGUAUGAGAUGUAUCAGGGAUGUGAGGCCGGUGAUGUGGAGGCUGUCGGAGACCCAGAUGUGAAGGAGGGAGGAAGAAUAACCGGGGUCACAUUCAGACAGGACACAGACAAGCUAAGUAAAUCUCUGGACGAUCUACAGCUGGGUAAGAUAGACGUCAUGUAUGAGGGUGUGCUGGACCUGAAGGCUACUCCUGUGUUACAGGACACCAUUGAUGUCAGAGUAACAGGCGACAGUACCACAUCAUCCCCAAGUAACGUGACAGUGAGGGUGGUGAAUGACACAGAUACAGUUGUAGUCACCGACUACAAAAACAAGAGUGUGAAGUCCUUCUACACCAGGAAUAACAAGACACGUCACAGUAAACUCAGUCUGCGUGGUCAACCAUGGGGUCUGACAAAGUUGACACACAACCAUGUGGCCGUCACUGUCCUGGACAUCAAUCAGAUUGUAACAGUAGAAGUCAACCCUGACCUGGUGCUUCUGUCAACCAUCACAACCAGCAAACAGUACUUGGGCAUAACGUCCCUGACACCAUCAACACUAGCAUCUAGUUCCCGGUCUCCUCCCUGUGUUGAUAUCCUGGAUAUGACGGGAAACGUUCUGAGGUCAAUCAGUCCACUCCAAAAUGGUAACAACAUCUUACAAUGUCCCGACUUCCUCUGUACCACAAGGACAGGAAACAUCCUGGUGUCUGACGGUGGAACCAAGCGUGUCGUGUGUCUGACCCCUGAGGGAGAUGUGGUGUUCACCUACUACAGCCCUACAGGAGACACAGCACUGAAGGAUCCCCAGGGUAUCACAAGUACCAGCACAGGUGACAUCCUUGUGACAGACUACCUUCAACACAGCGUCAUCCAUCUGACGGAGACGGGACAGUUUGUCAGAAACAUACUGACACAACAGGACGGUAUCAAGGACCCCGAGGGUGUGUGUGUAGACGGACAUGGCCACGUGUAUGUUUGUCUCAGUUGGAAAGGAGUUAUUAAGGUGUUCACAUGUAACCACUGACAACGUGUGUUUGUGACAUAUAUAUGUGUAUAGAACUCUCUCAGGUUGCUGUCGUCUUUAGGAAGGAAUUCAUAAAAGCCCAAACUGUAUGAUACUGAUUAUCCGCAAGUUGCCUUAUGGAUGACGGUGUACUAUUCAGGAUAUCUCAGUCACAUGCAUGUCUCACAGUACACGAUACAUCAACUGUGUUUUAAAGACAUCUCCGAUACGAGACCUGUCCAUGUUACUCUCUAAUACAUCAACAUACUGAAGUAAUCAGGAUUACCAAGACGUGUGGUGGACGUCAUACAUUUAUUGAUUUUAUGUGUACAUGUUAUUAAUAAAUGUCGACAGACCUGAAAUUU